AUGCCAGCCGCCACCGCAGAUGCCCUUGUUUCCACCAAGACACCAGACGCCCACCAUGUCGGACACGACGACUAUGGCAUCGAUGAAGCGCUGCCAUCCCGCGCCUUGGGGAUUGAGCAGACGCGUGACAUCACAGAGGCGGAGCACGACUUGGGCUUUUGGCAAGCCGUAAAGAUGUACCCCCAAGCCACCUUCUGGUCCAUGUUCUUCUGCGUUGCCGUUGUCAUGGCUGGCUUCGACGCUCAAAUCAUCACGUCCUUUUACGCCCUGCCCGCAUUUCAGCGCAAAUAUGGCGACUGGGUUGGGGAUCACUACGAGGUCGCCGCGCCUUGGCAGACGGGUCUGGGCAUGGGCAAUCCCAUCGGUCAAGCCGUUGGGGCUCUCGCCAGCAGUUUCCCGUUGCAGUAUCUCGGGCGCCGCAAGACUCUUGGUCUAUGCUGCAUCUGGUCCAUCUGUUUCAUCUUUGUCCAGUUUUUCGCCACGUCUAUCGGCAUGCUCUGUGCAGGGGAGGUGCUAGGAGGCCUUGCCUAUGGAUUUUACGUUGUCAUCGCACCCACGUACGCCUCUGAAAUAUGCCCCGUCACGCUUCGAGGCUUUCUUACAACGUCUGUCAACCUAGCCUUUGUUAUUGGGCAGUUCAUCGCCCAAGGCUGUGCCGCCGGGGUCGAGACAAGGCUGGAUGAAUGGGCCUACAAGGUCCCCUUUGCUGUCCAAUGGGUAUGGCCUGUUGUCUUGCUUUCAGGGCUUCCCCUUGCUCCAGAAAGCCCAUAUUGGCUCGUCCGCCGCGGGAGAAGGGAAGAAGCCCGCAAGGCGUUGCUGAAGCUCACAUCCAGCACAUGUCGCCCAGACAUUGACAAGCUUCUGGUUGGAAUAGAGCAAACCGACCUCCUGGAGCGGGAGUACGAGACUGAAACGACUUACCGCGACUGCUUCAAAGGCGUCAGCCUUGUCCGCACCGAGAUAUCUGUCAUGGUCUAUUUGAUCCAAGUGAUUGGCGGGAAUCCCCUCAUUGGCUAUGCGAACUACUUCUUCGAGCGGGCCGGGUUGAGUCCCUCGGACUCGUUCAAAAUGGGUGUCGGCAACACGGCUCUGGGAUUUAUUGGCACGGUCAUUUCUUGGCCUUUGAUGAACUUUUUCAAUCUAGGCCGAAGGACCAUUUACACUUCGGGGAUGGUUGUCAUGACCACCCUUCUCUUCGUGAUUGGCUUCUUGAGCAUACCAAAAAACAAUACGGGAGCUAUAUGGGCCAUGGCGUCCUUAAUGGACAUCUGGACCUUUGUAUACCAAAUGACCGUCGGACCGAUUUGCUUUGUUGUCAUUUCAGAGAUAUCAGCCACUAGGUUGCGCGAGCGCACCAUAGCUAUCGCAACAGCGGUUCAGGCGUGCGCCAGCAUCGUUUUCACAGUCGCAAUGCCCUACAUGCUCAAUUCGAAUGAAGCCGAUUGGGGAGGGAAAGCCGGGUUUCUCUUCGGAGCCAUCAGCGUUGUUUGCCUGGUUUGGUGCUAUUUCCGCCUACCAGAAAGCCGAAACAGGACGUAUGAGGAGUUGGACAUUCUCUUUCAGCGGCGCAUUCCAGCCCGCCAGUUCAGGAAUUACGAUUUGUUGGCCGAGGCAGAAGCGCCUUUUGAUGAUGCCGAGGGGUUCUAA